AUGUGCACGAACACCUUAGACGCGGUGUCUUGCCUCUAUCCCACCUAUAUUUACUCUCUACUUAUGGGAUUCGCUCCUUUCAAGAUAGAGAGGAAGGGUCCUUUCGUCGAAAUUAAGCAUUGCAAGCUUUAUCACGUACUAUCCACUUUGUUCUACACGCUUUCCAUCUGCUUCUUGGUUUGGAUGGGCUACACCAAAAUGGGUUACUACCAUCUCCAAAGUCCAAUGCAGAGAUUUAUCAAUUUCUUGUAUCUGUUAUUGGUGGCGGGACUGAUGUCUGUCAACGUAUUGUUUAACAAGCUCCAUACCACCUCGCUUGUAACACUGUGGAGGAAAAUGUACCACAUAGACACCUUGAUAAGAACCAGAGGAAUCAAACUGAAGUACAGAAGGCUCAUGUACUCCACCUCGACAUUUUGUAUCGUAGCAGCAACUCUGCACACUUGCUACAUCAUAUUCCUCGUUUCCAUCCAAAAUUACAAAGACCCUUUGUUCAGCGGUAGUGUGUACUUUGCCCUUAACUUCGCAGUGACGGGUUUCGCGUGCGUUUCUUGUUCUUUCCACGCUUUCUUCCUGCUUAUUGGUCAUAUGUUUGAAAAAAUCCUUGAAUAUAUGGAGCAUCGUGUACUUAGAAGUUUCCUGUUAGACUCUGACUCUAAGUCCAAGUCUAUAAUUGAUACGGCUGUUCUACAUCAAGAGCUUUGCCAGCUAGUGAGACAUGCCAAUGAUGUGAUGUCGGUGCAGAUGUUGGCUUCCUUCGCUGUUACCUUUUCGGUAGUCACCCUGCAGAUCUACAGCAUGGUUAAUGCCUUUAACAUAAAAAAGGUCGACUACAGCUUCUUGUUAUCUUCUUUGUUUUGUGUGAUAAUUUUGCUACAGGAGAAGCUAAUCCUCAGUCUGGUGUCUCGUAGAUGUAUGGGAAUGGUAAGCAAAGAUUAA